GGGGGAAGUGAAGGAACAGAAGAAAGCCAUUUGUGCCUCUGGUGUUCUCUUGUGAUCUGAGAAAACAAUUAAUUGGGAAAGAAAGAAUUGGCAGAACUGAUCGAAGAUGCCCAGGAGAAGGAAAGACUGGGGUCCCAGUCCCACUGGUGGCUCUGUAAACCUUGGAAUGGACUUGGAAGAUAGCAUGGUUUAUGGCCUCACUUAUGUAUUGCUACCAGGAAUUUAUCAUAGGCUGCGUGGACUGGUGAUGAUUUGCCACAGUUACAAAAUUAGCAGGUGUCAGGAUGACUUUCAAUCCAGUGGCCUUUCUAUCAAGCCAAGUUACCUCACUGCCGAGCAAGAGAAAAAAUUCACCUUUGGGGAUAAUUAUUGGAGCCCAGGGCCUCAUAAUAAGCCAGAAGAACAGAAAACCCUCUCAGAUGGGAAAAAUCAUGCUGCUUGGAAAACGAUGAUCCCAAUUCGCCCCAAAUCAAAGUCCUCCAUGGAACAUCCUGUGGAUGGUGCUGGUUUGAUCUCUUACCUCACCAAUUCAUGGCUAACACCUCUCAUGAUCCAGGGCUUCCAGAAACGACUAAAUGAGCAUACCGUGCCUCCUCUAUCCAUAUACGACAGCUCAGAAAAGAAUUCUGAAAGGCUUAGAUACCUCUGGGAAGAAGAAGUUGCAAGAUAUGGUUAUGAAAAAGCUUCUGUGACUCGUGUGCUCUUCAGGUUCCAGAGAACAAGAUUUUGCUUUGAUAUACUGGCAAGCAUAUUCUUCAGUAUCAUGAGUGUCUUAGGACCAGUGCUACUUGUGCCAAAGAUCCUUGAAAAUAGUAUAGAUGUAUCUAAGAAUCUUUCCUAUAGCAUCGGACUCUGCUUUGCUCUUUUCUUCACUGAGUGUUUAAAGUCUUUUAGCCUGUGUGCAUGUUGGACCAUCAACCAUCGAACAGGAGCAAGGUUGAGAACAGCUGCAUGUUCACUGGCUUUUGAAAAACUCAUGGAAUUUCGGUCUUUAACCCAUAUCUCUGUUGGAGAAACCAUUAGCUUUUUUACCAGUGACAUCAAUCACCUAUUUGAAGGGGCUUGCUUUGGUCCUCUGAUUAUCAUCACAUUAGCAACAAUAGUUACUGCUUCUGCUUCCACUUACGUCACUCUUGGUCCCACAGCAUUCCUAGGAAUUGUCUGCUACCUCCUGACUUUUCCCCUGCAGGCAGUUUUGACCAAGAUUAUUGUGAGGUUACAAAAUAAGACUGCUGAGGUCAGUGAUAAGAGAAUCCGAAUCACAACUGAAAUUCUCACCUGCAUUAAGCUGAUUAAAAUGUACUCUUGGGAAAAACCAUUUUCAGCCAUCAUUAAAGCUUUAAGAAACAAGGAGCAGAAAUUAUCGGAAAAAUGUGGAUUUCUUCAGAGCCUCAAUACUUCUGUUUUGUUCGUUGCACCAACUGUGGCUACUGUUGUGAUGUUUCUUGUCCACACAGGUUUAAAGCUAGAACUCACUACAUCAGUAGCAUUUACUGCUGUGGCAACAUUGAGUACACUGAAGCUGUCUGUGUUCUUUGUACCUUUUUCUAUCAAAGGAUUUACAAAUUCAGAGUCGGCCGCACAGAGAUUGAAGAAAUUUUUCUUGAAGGAAUGCCCUGCAUUUUAUGUCCAGGAACUGAAAGGCUCUGCUGCAUUGGUUUUUGACAAUGCCACCUUGUCUUGGGAAUGGAAUGACAGUGGGAUCUGCAAUGGAGCUAUGGAGAUGAAUGGGAAGGGAGACUGUGCUGACAAACCUGCUGUGGUGUCAUCUCAAGUGAAGAAUCAGAGGCUCAGCCAACUUGGAGAGAAAAAGACCAACCUGGGUCCAGUGUUGCACAAUAUAAACAUUGUGGUACCAAAGGGGAAGAUUUUAGGAAUUUGUGGAAACACGGGAAGUGGAAAGAGCUGUCUGUUGUCAGCUAUACUGGGGGAGAUGAAUUUACACUCUGGGUCUGUGGGGGUGAAUGGAAGUCUGGCCUAUGUCCCCCAGCAGCCAUGGAUAUUCAGUGGGACUGUCAGAAGUAAUAUACUCAUGGGAGAAAAAUACGACCAAGCCAGAUAUCACCAUGUGAUCCAUUCCUGUUCGCUGAAGAGGGAUCUGGAAAUUUUGCCCUAUGGAGACAUGAGUGAAAUUGGGGAACGGGGCCUCAACCUCUCGGGGGGCCAGAGGCAGAGGAUCAGCUUGGCACGCGCUGUGUAUGCUGACCGUGAUAUUUACCUGCUGGAUGACCCACUCUCUGCAGUGGAUGCCCAUGUUGGGAAGCACAUAUUUGAAGAGUGCAUUAAGAAGGCACUUAGUGGGAAGACCAUGGUUCUGGUGACUCAUCAGCUGCAGUAUUUAGAAUUUUGUGACUACAUCAUUUUAUUAAAGGAUGGGAAAAUAAGUGAAAGUGGAACUCACGAUGAAUUAUUGCAGAAGAAGGGACAAUAUGCCCAGCUCAUUCAGAAAAUAUGUGGAGAGACUGCACAGAAUGUAACAGAUGGGGCUAAAAAUAUAGGAGAGAAGACAGAGGUAGAUCUCUACUCCCAGGAGGGAUUCUUCAAUGAAAACCCAGUGCUGGAGACUCAGCUUACUGAAAAGGAGGAAAUGGAAGAAGGUUCCCUGAGCUGGAAAGUCUAUCACUAUUACAUCCAGGGAGCAGGAGGUUAUAUUAUCACUUUCCUGACUUUUUUUAUCAUGAUGGUGAAUGUCAGCCUGACAACCUUCAGUUUCUGGUGGUUGAGCCACUGGCUCCAUCAAGGCUCAGGGGCUAGUAACAGCACCAGGAUCAAUGGAACAAAAUACAUGGGCCCAGGAAGCCUCUUGGACAAUCCCCAAUUCCAUAUUUACCAAAUAGUGUAUGGAGUGUCUGCCCUGGCACUGAUUUUUACGGGUGUCAUGUCAUCGGGCUUUUUCACCAGGACUACAAGGAAGUCAGCUACCGUCCUUCACAACACUCUCUUUAUGAAGAUUCUCCAUUGCCCUAUGAGUUUUUUUGACACAACUCCUAAUGGUCGAUUCUUGAACUGUUUUUCUGGAGAUUUGAAUGAGUUGGACCAGAUGCUGCCAAUGGUUGCGGAAGAAUUCUUACUUUUGCUUUUUGUAGUGGUGUCUAUUUUGAUCAUUGUGGUCAUACUCUCUCCUUAUUUCCUGAUUGUUGGAAGCAUCGUUGGUAUUAUCUUUUUAAUUUUAUUUCAAGCUUUUAAGAAGACCAUCAAUGUGAUCAAGAGGCUAGAGAACUAUAGCAGAUCUCCACUCUAUUCUCACAUCAUUACAUCUCUGAAUGGCCUGAGCUCUAUACAUGUCUAUGGGACAGCCAAUGACUACAUCCAAGAAUUCAGAAGGCUCACAGAUAAUCACUGUAACUAUGUAUUCCUGUUUCUGUCUACAACACGUUGGACCUCAUUGAGACUUGAGCUCUUAACCAACCUGAUAACCCUAGCUGUAGCCUUGUUUGUGGUUCUGAGUCCUUCUUCUAUAAGCUAUUCUUACAAAGCCAUGGCCAUUAGCUACGUCCUACAGUUGGCUACAAAUUUUCAAGCUUGUGCAAGAUUGGGUUCAGAAACAGAGGCCAGGUUCACUUCUGCAGAGAGGAUACUCCAGUAUAUGAAGCUGUCGGUUCCUGAGUCUUCUUUACACAUCAAAGGAGUGAGCUGCCCCCCAGAUUGGCCACAGCAAGGGCAAAUAGUCUUCAAGGAUUAUCAGAUGAAAUACAGAGACAAUACACCAAUAGUUCUCAAUGACAUCAACUUGACCUUUUACAGUCAAGAAGUGGUGGGCAUCGUGGGAAGAACAGGUUCUGGAAAGUCCUCUUUGGCAGUGGCUUUAUUCCGGCUGGUGGAACCUGCUGCUGGCAGCAUCUUUAUUGACAACAUUGACAUCUGUAGUCUUGGCCUAGAGGAUCUGCGGUCCAAACUGUCAAUCAUCCCUCAAGAUCCUGUCUUGCUAUCAGGCACCAUAAGGUUCAAUUUAGACCCCUUUGAAAGUUACACUGAUGAGCAAAUCUGGCAAGCUUUGGAAAGAACAUGCUUAACUAAGACUAUCUCAAAACUCCCAGAAAAACUGUUAGCUGAAGUUGUGGAAAAUGGUGGAAACUUCUCUGUUGGGGAAAAGCAACUUCUUUGCAUAGCUAGAGCCCUCCUGCGCAAUUCCAAGAUCAUAUUAAUAGAUGAAGCUACUGCCUCCAUUGAUGUGGACACUGAUGCCCUGAUCCAGCACACAAUUCGAGAAGCAUUCCAUGGUUGUACGGUGCUGAUCAUUGCACAUCGCAUCACAACUGUCCUAGAUUGUGAUCGCAUCUUAGUCAUGGACAAUGGAAAGGUAUUGGAGUAUGACAAACCUGAAGUCUUACAACAGAGACCUAAUUCGGCAUUUUCAGCUUUGCUGGCAGCAGCACAUAAAAACAUAAAGUUAGAGCAAUAGUGUAUGGGAGAACUCUAGGUGGAUCUGGAGUUCAGAGAUAGAACCAAUUCAACCAUUAAGCUCUGAAAUCCUCAAAGCAAAUAGAGAUAUUGAUAUAAAUACUCCAAUGAACUUAGUUUAUUCAGAAAUCCAGAUUAUGUUAGCAUUUGAAGAUGAUGUUACAGCAGAAUGGACAGGUUUUUUUUUUAUUUAAAAAAAAUUCAGUACUUAAAAAAACACUAACUAAAUGAGUAUUUCUAUAUAUAAUAUGGAAAAGGAAAGGACUGUACAUGAAACUGAAUCUCUAUGAUGUAGAGCUUGCUUUUCUUUUUAAGGAUACAAUAAACUCAACAUCUAACUUUCACACUGACAAUCUGUAAUUCCUUCUGGCCUUCUUUCUCUUCUCUUCUAAUUUUAUGUUGAGGGAGAAGUGGGAAGAGAAGAAAAUCCUAUCAGCCAUUUACUUUUCCUUUCCAACUCAACUCCCUGGUCCCUCCCAAAAACUGAAGGAAAAAAAAAACAUAAAAAAUCUUUGUAAUAGAACAAUGAACCAUACAAAUUUUCACAUGAAUAUUAAAUAAAUAUUUAAUUUUACAACUUGAGUCCAAUACUACUUUGUCAGUAGUUUGGCUAGUAUGCUUCAUCAUCAGUCCUCUGCAAUUGUGAUUAGCCAUUGCCUAAGAGAGGCUUUGGUUAUAUUAUCAAAAUGUUGAUAUGUUGUCUCAUUGUUUAAUUAUCUUUGACCUACAAAUUCUUUAGGAUUGACUUAUUUAGUCUCCAAUUACUUUUUUUUUUUAGAGCAUUUGUCAAAAAGCAGUAUGUUUAAUGAUUCAUAUGUAGAUUUUUGAAGGAAAAUAAAAUAAUGAUAACAAUAAGAGUCAUCUUGGUUAUUUUCCAUUUAUAUCAGCCUCCCAAGGAACAGAUGAUGUUGUUUGAACUACUCACAAAAUUUUCAUGUUCCUUAGUAUUCAUU